UGCUAGUCAAGCUGUACAGGUUUCUGGCCAGGCGGACCAACUCCGCCUUCAAUCAGGUUGUGCUGAAAAGGUUAUUUAUGAGCCGCACUAACCGGCCACCUCUGUCCCUGUCCCAAAUGAUCCAGAAGAUGAAGCUUCCUGGUCGGGAGAACAAAACUGCUGUGGUUGUGGGGAUUCUGGAAGUGCCCAAGCUGAAGGUGUGUGCACUGAGGGGGAGCAGCCGGCCAGAAGUCGGAUCCUCAAGGCUGGGUGUGUGUAUCCUGACCUUCGACCAGCUGGCUCUGGAGUCUCCCAAGGGCCGGGGCACUGUGCUCUUGUCUGGUCCUCGGAAGGGCCGAGAGGCAUACACACACUUUGGCAAGGCCCCAGGAACUCCACACAGCCACAAACCCUAA